UGUACCCUCAGACUGUAGUACACAGAUUGCAACACCACUCUCCACUGCUGAGCUUCCAUCCAUCACAACGUAUGCAGCAGGGAGACCCUGCAGCCACAGGGUUGACGACUGUAUAACUUUCAUCCGUUUAUCACCAUGGUCGAGGUUGCUAAGGAUACAUGAAGACGUGACAUUGAGGAAACGUGAGCAGGCCGGGAAGGAUCCCGGAGAUUUCCUGACUCCAGCUGUUCGGAGUUCAGUUAGGUGGUGCUUCGAGUCGGGCAUCACUUCACCUGAUGUCAGAAACGUAGACAAAAGAGUUGUAAUGUGGAGGACUACAAAGGUCUGAUAUUGUCUCAAAUGAGUAUACCGGGGGUCUGAGUUAGCUGAAACGACCAACCUACGCCAGGGAAGCAGAACUAGCCUGUUAGCUAGUGCUAACUCGGCAGUAGCCCCGCCGUGGUGUCAGUGGCUGGCUGUGCGGGCUGGCGACAGACUUGUGUUCGGAGAGUGGAGCAGCUCGCCGGUGCCCUGAAUUCAGGAAGACUCCCCGGCUCUGGCCCCCUUAAGCGGGCAGUCAGGAAGAAGCUGGCUGGGAAGGGAUGGCCUGGUCGGUCUUCCCGUUCCAAAGGACAAGGCUCUGCGGUGUUUGAAGGAGGUCGAGUUCGGCUAGAGGCCACCACCGCGAGUCGUGGCGCUAUGAUGGCCGCCUCCCCCUCCGCGGCCGGCGGCUACACGGCCUUCGGUCUGUCGGUCAGAAAGAGCGAGGAAAUAGCGGAUUUGAUAGAUUUGUUUUCCAAGAUGCAGUACAGAGCAAAGGAGGUCACUCCGCGGGUGGAGGUGAUAGAGAAGCGUUGUCUGGAGUUAUUUGCCAGAGAUUACAAGUACAGCAUCAUCCACAACUCCAGUGGAGAAGUGUGUGGCCACUACCCCCGGCAGAUAGUUUUCCUGGAGUAUGAAUGCACGGAUGUCGAGAGAGACAGGUUUGAGAGCACGGUGCAGAUCAGCAAGCUGCAGGACCUGGUGAACCGGAGCAAGCUGGCCCGCUGCAGAGGGAGGUUCGUCUGUCCUGUCAUCCUCUACAAUGGCAAGCAUAUAUGCCGGUCGUCCACUCUGGCAGGAUGGGGAGAGCUGUACGGACGCACAGGCUACAACUACAUCUUCUCAGGGGGCAGUGACGACACGUGGACAGAGUCUGAGGAGGUUCGAGAGGAUGACAGCGCAGUCAGGAACGGGGACUCCCAGCUCUUUGACAAGGUUCGAGGCCACGACAUUAAGCUGCUACGCUACCUCUCGGUUCGCUACAUCUGUGACCUGAUGGUGGAGAACAAGAAGGUUAAGUUUGGCCUAAAUGUGACAUCCUCUGAGAAGGCAGACAAGGCCCAACGCUAUGCAGACUUCACCUUGCUCUCUGUGCCUUACCCAGGGUGUGAGUUUUUUAAGGACUACAAAGACAGAGACUACACAGCAGAGGGUCUGGUGUUCAACUGGAAUCAGGACUAUGUGGAUGCUCCUUUGACAAUCCCUGUGUGCUUUACUCAGAACUUGAACAUUGACUGGACUCAGUACCAGUCAUGGGACCUGGUGGAGCAGACCCAGAACUACCUGAAGCUGCUGCUUCACAUCAUCAACAGUGAUGAUGAGAGUGGCCUCCUGGUGCACUGCAUAUCAGGCUGGGACAGAACGCCUCUGUUUGUGUCGCUGCUCAGGCUCUCUCUGUGGGCAGACGGCGCCGUGCACGCCAGCCUGGAACCGGCCCAGAUCCUGUAUCUGACCAUCGCUUACGACUGGUUCCUCUUCGGUCACAUGCUGCCAGAUCGACUCUCCAAAGGGGAGGAGAUUUUCUUUUUUUGCUUCAAUUUUUUGAAGCACAUUGUCUCAGAGACGUUCUCUGCUGUUAAGAAACAGAGGAGGAAAAACUCCCACUUCAAAGACAGUGAAUUCACCGUGGAAGACCUCUGCCAGUUAAAGUCGAGGGAUCGCGGCAGUGUCACCAGUCUGAGCAGCGAGUUCUCCCUGAUCACAGAGGAGGCGGGCGGCGCCUCCAGCCUCACCAACGACACUGUGGACCUCCUCUCCAGUCAACCCCAGGCCUCCAGCUGGAGAAAAGGCACCGCCUCCUCUCCUCAGAUGGUAGUUUGGAAUAAACAGAACCCUCUGGAAGAGCACCUCUCCCAUCCACUCAGCGAGGCCAGGUCUUCCAGCUCCUCCUCCUCCAACCAAUCAGAACACGGCGUCACGCGCACUGGCAGCAGCCCAUUGGCUGUCCCUGGAAGAAGGCUGGCAGCAGACUACACUCGGUCAGGUUCCUCCCUCUCUACAGAGUACGGAAGUUGGCAGAUUGUUUCAGGUUGUGGCAGCAUCCAUGACCAUACUCACUUCCCUCCACCUCUGGCCUCUGCCUCCUCCACCUCAUCUGCUGUGGCUGCUGCCUACGACUCCCCCCUGCCCUUCAGUUUUCAGGAUGAAGGACCCAGCGGACGAAUGUGUUCCUUCCCCUCUGAGCGUCAGGCCCGUCUGGAGGCGGUGCGGGAAGUCUUCCUGGCAGCCUACAGCUCCACCGUGGGCCUCAAGUCCUCCGCGCCCAGCCCCUCCGGCGCCAUCUCCGGCCUGCUGGAGCAGUUCGCCCGAGGGGUCGGCCUUCGGGGCACCAACGCCAUCGUUUGAACCCUCUCAAUGUGACUUCAGACCCUCCUUCUGCUUCCAUCCAUCCACAGUUGAUUCAACUUGUCUGGACUCAGUACAAUAAAGUGCCAAACAUCUCUGUUCAAUUCAGGGGUGAAGCAUUCAUUUUUUUUUUUUCAUGAAUUUCCUUUGAUUUUGUUUUCAGACCUUACAUAUCUGUAUUUUUUUUCUGUGCUUCUCCAGCUUUUCUCUGGGUUUUUAAUCUUCCAUGUUGAGUUCAUCUGUCACAUUCAGGGAGGGAAAUGGUUUCAGCCACGGUAUCAAAAAGGGAUAAUGAAAUGUAAAUGGCUGAGACCAUGGGGUCUGUACCUGUUACAGGCAUAAUAUAAAGUAUUCUUCCUUUCUUUGUUGUUCCUUAAUCUGUUCAUGAUUUCUGAAAAUCCCUGAGGAGGCCUUGCAGUGACCGUCCCAUGAACAGGAAGUGAUACGUUUUUAGUUCCCUUGUUUCAUGCUGCUAUUCUUAACUGAUCCAAGCAGAGGAAAGUUCUUUUAUUCAGGUGGAUUUGAAGAUGAGAGACAGUAAAUACAGCCUAUAAUGUGUUCUGACAGAAAUGGUACCAAAUUUUUGUUCCCUCUAAUUUGGCAGAGUAGCUUGAAAUCACAAUAUUUAAUCUGUUUUAGAGUUUACAGCGUUGGUGUCUAGACUCAAAGGAUAAGGUUGAAUUUUUAAAAGUCUUUCUUAAUGCAAAAUACUCACAUGCCAUGUGUAUACUGACACAGUUAUUCUGCUGCUAUAGUAAUUCCUUGUGUUCUUACUGGAGGUGAAGCUUCAGCACUUUGUUUUGGUGCCGGUGUUUUGUCCUGCUGGUUCAUCAUAUUCUGUGUUCUCCAUUUGGAAUUUCAGUCUUUGCAAGAUCUCUUUGGGGUUAGGGGUUCGCUAAGCUUAAAGCAAACUAGUUCAUAUGACACAUCUGAAGGCAAAAGUGUUCACACCUGUUAUGAAAGGCCACACUUGAGGUGAUGUCAUAGAGUAGGGCGAGAUGCAAUGGUCAAAGAGCGGUAUGGGUGCACACUUUCAGUUUCUUGUUGAAGGCAUUCAUGAUGUUGCGAGGGAUGUCACCGUGUGGAGUGGUUGGUCGUCGCUGUCAGAGAUCUGACUGAUGAAAGCUGUGGGAGGAGGGGGUUUAAUACACUGUUCAGUGAUCCAACAAGCACUUUGCAUACUGAAAACCUCAGUGUGAACUCAAAUAGAUAGUAUUUCGUACAAAGUGUCAGGGAAGGCAAACAUGUGUAUAGCAGUUAGGAAUGGCCACACUUGAAGGCUGGGUGAAAAGCCUGUCAUCAUAAAGAGGGUGAGACACAAAGAAACGGGACUUUUGGACACAGUGUAGUUGCAGCAGCGUUCUCUCCUCACAGCCACGAUGGACAGAAGGGAUGACAACAGCAGUCAGCCUACAUAUGGCAUGUGAGGACAGUAGUCUUGACAAAAAUCUGAUCCUAUCCUUUCACUAGAUAACUUUCAAGUUCUGUGAUGUUUAUUGCAUCUUUCUAAAGUUUUGAUGUCUGAGCAUCUGCAGGGACUGAAUUCCUGAAUGGCCUCACACAGCACAGUUUUGGGACAUCGUAAACCAGGAGAUGAAGUGACGAUCUUUUCACCUCGCCAGUCUAACGUCUCAUAUCCUCUACUUGAGUCCAUAUCCGGUCAUUUCUUCUUCAGUAGCACUGACAUGGUAGCACAAGAGGCACUGAGCAUUGCGGUAGCAAGUCUGUGAACCGAACACCUUUCCAGUGUUCUUUCUCAUUGGACUCCAGUGCAGCGAGGUCCAUGUGACUCCGACCUCUGCUGAGAUUUCCGCCCAGCUUGCAUUAUCAGACAGCUGUGCAUCUGCUUUCAGGUCACUUACAGAUAUUUCUACCUGGGAUACUCCCAGCUAGAUCCACACAUUUCAGUUAUGUUCUUCGGAGGAUUCAGAGAUUAUAUUUGAAGCUAGCUUGUCAGUGUUGCCAAACGGUUUGGAUGGCUGCUGUACCUCAGGACCUUUUGUUGUGCCUUUUUUAUCUUGAGUAACGCUGGGUCAGAUCUCUGCCUCUGGUCCAGUUUCAGGUGUAUUUCUGUUACUUAAAUGGUUUUAAGAGCUCGGGGGUGUUUCCAGCUGAUUGUUAAUGAGAGUUUUGACUGUAGAGCUUUUGCAGCAUUAGCUUUGCAAUAAAGCUUUAAGGGUUGCAGAACUGCAAAGUCUUUAUUGUUGUACAGUAGCAUCGGGCUGUUGUGUCUUAUGUACCCCCCGAUGAGGUUGAUGAGGUGGGAUUUGAGUCAGUGGACACAUUUUUCAUUUACCCCCAGAUUGGACACAAGAGAUUUUCAUUUCUUCCUUUGAAAAAGACUGUAGCCGAAGAGGAUUUUAUUCAUUGAGGGAAUAAUUCUAGUAUGGCUUUAUUCACUUUCUAUCCCUUGGUGAGAUGAGGAGAUUGUCACCAAUGUCAUGUCCUGGGUUCAGUACAGAGCUCGAGCCAGGAAGCCGAGAUAAGCAGAAAGACUGAGGUGGAAACAGCUAACUUAGCUCUGUUUAAGAACAUGCAUGCUAACCCCUCAAAAAGUCAAUCAUGUGUUCAGUUUGUUGAAGCCAGACCCAAACAGAAACCGUUCACCUGUUAGUCCAGCAGUGUCUCACUGCUCAAUGAGAUGCAGUGUAUUUUUCAGAUUGAACGUUGUCAGGCUAGCUGUUUCCCUGCUUCUAGCCUUAAUGCUAGGUUAGACUGUCGAGAAAGUGGUAUUGAUUUUCACAUCUCGCCCUCAGCAAGUAUUUCAGUGAGCACAUUUUGUUCUUUUAACUGGCAGAAUUUGGUUUUCUGUGAGAUUCUAAGCCUCAUGCAUCAGUUCUGUGCCUGGGCUGUUGAAGUGGUUUCAUUUUGUGCCCCCUACACGAACUGACAGUCGAAUAAACUGUCCAGCUUUAUUUGAGACUUUCAGGCAUGGCCUCAUCUCCUUGGCCUGGUCUUAAGCUUUCCUUUUAAGAUAUCUUUCUUAAAAAGUUCAGUCGAGGUUUCAUUUUAUUUGUUUUUACUUUGCCAUAAUGUCUGUCUGCAGGUGUUAAGUGGCCACAGGGCACCUGCGAAAGCAUUACUGGCAUUUUCAAACUGCUGAAAAUGAUCAUUAUAAGAAAAAUGCCUCAUUCUGAGUUACUUCAAAUCCUCCCCACCUAACUAUCUUGCUCACGUUGUCACUUUUUCACUCACUGGAUUGGAAUGACACCCCCCAGGUUUAUCUCCGUUGCAUCAUACAAUGGUUUUAUUUGUUUUACAAGUUGAUUUUUAUUUCAGAAUCUCUUUUAUUAAAAUGCUGCAUUGCACUCAUCA